ACAUUACCUAAACCCAUUCUAACCUCACAAAGUUUGUUUAUAUGUAUAAAGUUUUAUUUACUAGAAAAAUGCUUUAAAAGGGGCAUUUUGGGGAUAAAAAACAUGUCGGGGUCGUCGGACGUCAAUCUAAAGCAAAACAUUAGGAAAUUCGAGUAUCCGCAAUGCGCCCAAGAAGCUCUGAAAAAAAUCGCUGAACUGUUAUGUGGAAGAGUUCCCAGCAUCAAAAGUAUGGACCUGGCUUUGGACCUGAUGGCGGAAUUCGUGUUUUACGAGGUGGAUCGCAGAGGCAACAAACGCACCCAACCCUUAAGUAACCUGACAGAGCUCAAACUACUCACCAUUCUCUUCGAAUUCCUCAACAACAUCCCCAAUGAAACCUCUAGAAACACCCUCUUUUUAAACCUUUUCAGCCCUAUCACUGCUAACCUGAGACUAGGGCUACUAAGCAAACUGGUGUCAUUGGCUGUUGGAAUCCCCAGCUCGGCCAUUUUAGCUUCGGCCAGUGCCUGGAUGCAACAGCUGGGCAACACCUCUUCGGCCAGCUGUAAACUUGCCGAGGCACUAGUGUUCGACUAUGUCCACUUAGCCCCAGACCCUAAAGAGACUUUGUUGGGUCUACCCACCAUCGCCCCAGAGUUUACUGCCAAUUUUUUAACUGCCAUGGCCGAGAAUUAUUAUGUAAGGAAGGAGAAGAUUUUUCCGCCACAGGUACUUUUAAAGUGUGUUACCGAGUGGCUAACAACCAACGUGGGGCUCUGUAUGUCCGCCCAAACGCGCCCUCCUGUGCUUCCCCCGGGCGCUAUAGCCAUGGAGGCCACCACACCCUUCGCCGGCCUACUGCGAUGGUGCGUCCUCGCCCCCAUCCACCGUCAAACCCAAGAAAUCUACUCGGAACUGUACUUGGCCCUUCUGAACAGCAUCGCGGACAUUCCAGGGGCGGAUCCCCCACGAGCGAUCAACGUGCAGCACCUCACGGCCCUCGUUCACCCCCUGCUGCUCCAUUUGGAGGCGGUGCGGGGUGGUGAGGAGGCGGGUUUAAAUGAGGUUUUGCCGGAGGAGGUGCUGCAGUUGGCUCUGGACAGGUUGGGGCAGGCGGUGCAGGUUUCGAUCAGUGUUAACGCGGUCUACGGACACUUGGAUGAACUGUUUAGUGCCUUAAGUCGAUUGCCCGGGAAUAAAUUGUUGGGGAUUGUUAUUAGUAAGUACAAGGAGGGCAAGGGGGCGCCAGCUGUUUCGAUUAUUAUUGAUUAGGUUAUGUUAACUGUUAUUUUUUUUUUUAAAUAAAGUUUGUUGAUCACAA